CCGGAUGGGACAUUGGAGCGGACUGAGGGGCGGAAAUGGCUGAUUCCGGAAUUAACAGGGUGGCAGAGGAGAGAAGCGGUCACUGUGCGGUUCUCGAUGACAACUAUCUGUAUGUGUGGGGUGGCUAUGUGACGUAUGAAAAUAAUGAAGUUUAUUUACCAAAUGAUGAAAUCUGGGUUUAUGAAAUAGAAAGUGGUGUAUGGCAGAGGCAACCGAUGAAAGGAGAGCUCCCUCGUCCUAUGUCGGGAAGCUGUGCAGCUUGUCUGAAUGGUGUCAUGUAUAUUUUUGGAGGAUAUGAUGACCUAGGAUAUAGUAAUGAACUGUAUUGUGUUAAUUUGCAAGUAAAGGAUGACAUAUUUACUUGGAAGAAACUCAAUAAUUAUCAAGGAAAUCCUCCUACACCAAGAGACAAACUUUCAUGUUGGGUAUACAAAGACAGGUUGAUUUUUUUUGGCGGCUAUGGAUGCAAGAAAAUCAGUGAAUUAAAUGAUUCAUUUGACGUGAAUGAAGCAUCCUGGGAAGAAGAGAUGUUCUGGGGAUGGAAUUAUGACAUUCAUGUCUUUGACCCCAGUAUGAAUGUCUGGUACCAGCCAGCAACUAAAGGAAUGCCACCUCGCCCUCGAGCAGCACACGCAUGUGCCACACUGGGAAAUAAAGGCUUUUUAUUUGGAGGAAGGAUACUGGAAACAAGAAUUGAUGAUUUACACUGCUUGAACUUAGAUACGUGGACUUGGUCAGGCGAAAUUACUGUUAAAGGAGUACGUCCACAGGGUCGCUCAUGGCACACUCUGACUCCUGUGACAGAUGAUCAGCUUUUCCUUUUUGGAGGACUAAGUGCAGAAAGUCAACCUCUUAGUGAUGCAUGGAUAUACAAUGUUGGAGCUGCUGAAUGGAGGCAAUUGGAACACUGUCCUAAGAAUAGACCAAGGUUGUGGCAUACAGCCUGCCUGGGAAAGGAGUAUGAAGUGAUGGUGUUUGGUGGGAGCAAGGAUGACUUACUUUCUUAUGAUUCUGGUCACUGUAAUGAUGUGCUGAUCUUUCAAACACAACCCUAUUCACUCUUCAGGAAAACGUAGCACAUAACAAGAGGGAAAGGAAUAGGUGGUGAACAGGCCAGGCUGCAUCAUCUCUCCAUUUUUAAGAGGCAGGCCAUAGAAAUACAAGAGCAGGACUUUGAAAAACAGACAUGAGAUGGGAAUAUAAAAGGCUUGGCUCCAGAUCAAAGUCUGUACCACAUUUAUUUUUACUUUAAUCUUCACCUUAUUUAGUUGUGAACUCGGUGAUGCCAUGCAUUGAUCAGCACAGUCACAAAGGCAAUGGGUGCAUGGCAUCAAUUUGUAAUGACAACAUGUCGCUAACAAUUUUUUCUCUAUGUCUGCAGGUGUAGGAGAAGAAACUGAGUAGUCAGUAACCCAAGUGCAACCAUGCAUUUCUCAGCACACUUAUCACUCAAUCUCAUCCUGGCAAGUGUCAAUACAAUUAUAUCCACCUCAGAAGAUUUAGAAAACAAUUUUGAGGACAGUUCACUGGAUGAAAUGCAAAACAAGUGAGCGGGUGACUGUGACAUGGGAAGCAGCUGGCUGGAGCAUUAACUAGGGCAGAUGUCCUGAUUUGGAUCCCAGCUUUUAAAAGAAGGAUAUUUCUGAGCACGAGAGUAGCUUUUAUCUCUUGGUGACUAAUGUGGAGGAUUAUACACCCCACAAAAGUUGUUAUAUAGAGUCGAAACUACAGUUCGCUUUGGAAUACAUGGAAACUUAUGUGGAUGUACCUUACGUGCAUUUGGUUAGUGAGUGCCAUUUGGUUGACUUUGGGGUCAUCACAGGUGAGCCAGAUUCUAUCUUCGUCCUCACAGAGCUGUCAUUGGAUAACAAAUCAGCACCAUGACUGUUUUUAUUCCUUAGCUUGAGGAAACUGGGGAUCCCCAACAUUUGAGGAUCAGAUCUAUCAAAUCAAAAAAUGCUCUAUGCCACACUAGGUCAUUAAAUGUGCUAUAAUGUCUUUAACCUGAGACCAGAGUCUAGGUGCUAUUUUUCAUGUGAAGAUAAAGAUUAUGUUGGCUGAUGGAUUUUUUUUUCCUCGGUAGGUUGUGCUUAGACUGCAUUGC